AAACAGGAUGUACACCCCUCUUCAGUGGGGCGGUAGUGCCAACUAGCUGCCCCGGCGAAAGCCUAACCCGUGUGUAACUGUGGCCCUUAGCGCGGCAAAGCGAGUCAGUGACUGAGAUUGGAAAAGUAAACUGAAUAAAAUCAUCGUUUCUCUUCUUCUUCUGUAUAUUAGGCUGACUCAUCUUUGCGGUAAACGGAGAGUAAAAUGAUUUCCUUGAUGUAUAAAGUUGCUCCCCGAUAUGUGCAGACACAAGACAGGUUACCCAGCGUUCCCUCGAGUGCACAUACGGUGCUUUUAAGACAAGACAUUAGAGAAACAAGUGGCAGAGGAAGUAUUCAGAUACUUAAGUAAAAGUAUUAAACCCACACGGUGAAAGUACUUCAUUUACAAGUAAAAGUCCUGCGGUGAGAGUGUCACUUAGGUAAAAGUUUCCUCACACUCACAGACUCACAGACACCCUCAUGGAUGUUAUUAGAGUGAGUGAAGCAAAAAUAGCCCCAACAUGUCUUAUGCUGUGACCAAGCCCCUCUCCGCUUGGCUCUGUCAAUCAAAAGCCAAAACAAGAUGGCAGGGUGCAGGAGCUGGGUCUUCUUCUUAACAGUUUGUGCUGUCAGUCUGUUUGGGGCCAAUGCGGAGAUCAAAUUUACCAUUCCUGUUGGGAAGUUAUUUACAUAUGAACUGAUGAGAGAGACUUUCCAGAAUGACUUUGAACCUUUGUCAAAACUCUAUGCUGGGCGCUUGUAUGAUGACCCCAUAAUUUUUAAGUGCAACAGGCAGAAUUAUCCAGACCUCCCAGAGUGGCUUCGCUUUACCCAACGGCAACCCUAUGAUAAUGGCUUCCUGUACGGGACGCCGAAAUCUGAAGAAAAAUAUAUAAUUGAGAUCUAUGCCGUCAACAAGCGGAGCUACGAAACAACCAGACAAAUACUCGUAAUCAAAGUCAGUGGGGAGAAGAUGCUGCCCUAUCAAGCUGAGUUCUUCAUCAUGCUGAGGGAGGUUGAGAAGGUGCUGCCCUCUCCUGUUCAGGAUGAGAUAAAGCAAGAUUUACAGAAGCUGUGGGACACAGAGGCCUUGGAAGUUGUUAAUAUUACCAACGCGCUCGACCGUGGCGGCAGAGUUCCCCUCCCUCUUGCAGGACACUUUGAAGGUGUGUACGUGAAGGUGGGGUCUGAGCAGUAUUUCUCAGACUGUCUCCUGAAGGUGCUGACAGCAGACCACCAGAGGCAGUGCAAAGCAGGGGCCAAAGUCAAGGUCCCUGGAGGCUGUAACUUCUGCAGCAUUCCCAGCAACUGUAUCACCUGGUGCAAGACGGAGCUGUUUGAUCUGACAAAGCAGGAGCCGGCUCCACCCGCUCCCGAGAUGGGCUCUGGGAUACUGGAGGCUGGAGGUGACUUUGACCCUUCUGAGUCUCCCCCGAGCAGAGAAUAUUUCCUGGACUACAUCGUGACAGUGAUAGUGCCCCUGAUCCUGGCCAUCAUCCUGUGCCUGCUGCUGGCCUGCAUCAUGUACGGCAGACGAGAGGGAGUUGCAAAAAGGAAUGCAAGGACAAACCAAAUUCAGCUGUACCACCACCACACUAUUCUCGGGAACACCGAUGAGCUGAGGAGCAUGGCAGGGAACCGAGGUGUUCCUUCACCGCUGUCCACACUGCCCAUGUUCAACAGCCGGACUGGGGAGAGGGCCCCGCCGCUGCCGUCCGACAGCGCCAGCAUCCCCCUCAUCAUGGCCCAGCACGAUCCCUACAGUGAAACACUGCCCAGAAAAUAAGAACAACGAUGGAUAAAGUGCUGGUCAUGCGGUCGUUUGCUGCCACAGUCUAUAGUUCUACAUUUGCAGUGGGAAAUUGUGUUUUUUCUUCUUUAGGUUCCAUUAAAAGAAUUAAUAGUGUGCUGUUCCCCUAAUUGUUAUUUGUUGUUUAUGAUUUUCUGUAUUCCACCGUAUCUCGCCACUAAUAAAAAAAUAUC